AGGCAACCGUUUCUCUUGACAUAAUUUGCAUUCGGUUACACCAUGGAAAGAGCUACUCUCUUCAUACUUACUAUGCAUGUCCUGAUCUUUGGUAAGUUUAUAAAAGGAAAUAUUUUUGUGUGUACAUGUAUUACUGAGGUUUAUUUGCUAAACAAUGAGUAGUGAUGAACUGAUGGAAAAUAGCCAUGUUGCAAUAAAAUCCAUGUUUCGGCAGAAUCAGAGAUUCUAUCCAGCUUUGUUGGUCUGGCCAGAAUUUCCAAAGUUGAGUCUCAAAACUGCCAUAACGUGUAAAUCUCAUUAUUUAAAAUUACCCUGUAAACUGGUCAAUUUAGCCAAUCGAGAAAUAUAUAUUUUAAAAUAAUAAGACUGAACUAAACUAAUUAUCAAUUAUUUUGUAAUCUUAAAAGAUCACAUUUUCCACCCUAAAAAAACGUUCACAGUCAUAAAGUGUACUUUAUUUCAAUAGAUUAUCGUCUUCAUUGCGUAAUACUGAGGUUUAACAAUGAAUAGUUAUCUUAUGUAUAAUAAGCUUAAUCAUAUGCGCUAUUUGAGGGUAACUGAGUCAGUGUUCUACAAGAGUGCUAUUGAUGGUAAAACGGCCAGAUGAGUUUAUCAAACUGUAAACUAUCCUGUAUAUUCUGCAACAAAUAGUGCUCUUCUGUCUCUUUACUGAUGACAAUAUGAAUUGCAGAAUAUGUUGCUACUUUAUAAACCUGUAAAAAACAUGGAAACAAAAAAGUAGCACACAAAUGUUUAUAUAUAUAUAGUAUAUCAUUUUUCAAAAUUGCAUGAAAUAUCAAGUUAAAAAUCUCUCUUUCCACUAACCAUUCGGUACAAGUAAACACAUGUUGUGGAGUAAUACAUGGGAACCACCAUUCCCAAGAUAGAAGCAACAUCUAAGCAUUGUAAUUCACACUUUUUGGCUGCCCCUGAUGCACAUACUACAGUAAAUUCUCAUUUACACAAAUCUUUACAAACAUUUCUAAAAUUGAGAUUUUGGUUUUCUAGAUUUCUCAUCAGGAGAAGAAAUGAAAGUCCACAGGCGCUCUGUCAAUGUCUCAGUUGGUCAGCCCAUUCUCCUGCAGACCUCGUACACCUUAAGCAAUCACUUCUUAUCCUAUGUGAUUGAGUGGACCAUGGGUAAUAAAACAAUCAUUGAUUACUAUGCAGACAACAGCUCCAUCGAUAGACAAGGAUUCCCGACAUGGAGCACAGGAGAAACCACAAUUUACCCAAACUACAAUGGACGAGUGGAAUUUUACCCUCUGAAUGCUUCGCUAUUACUGAAGAACAUACAACUGGAAGACGCAGGAACAUAUACCAUUUGUUUCUCAAAUGUUAGAAAGGAAAUCCAACUUUGGGUCAAAGAAAUUCCAAGCUAUUUAGGUUUGUAAACCCUAGAUAUCACAUAAAUAAUUUCCAAAAUUGAACCCGAUUACAUAUACUUAAGUAUGUGCUUUAAUUACUAAACAGUGAAUUUUAAAUCGUCAAAGGGUUAUUACAACCCUUUUUGAAAAAUUCAGUAUUUCAAUUUAGAAUGACAUAUUGGGAAUUUCAACUUAGGUUGCCCCAAUUAUUAACCCCUUAAGGACGCAUGACGGUUCAGGACCGUCCUCGGCAUUUUUGCGUUGCCGACCGAGGACGGUCCUGAACCGUCCUAACGGAAAACGGGCGGCGGGAGCGAUCAGAGAUCGCUUCCGCUGAAAUCCCGUUGUUACUAUCUGCCCGGCAUCCCAGGCAGAUAGUAACAGCCAAUUGCGGCGUGUGAGCGAUCCGCGAUCGCUCACAAUUGGCUGGUGUCAAAGUGGGUGUUACAAACACUCACUUUGACACUGAUCUCUGCCUCUCUCCUCUCUGUAGCGUUUUGUGAGAGGAGAGAGACAGAGAUCCUGAUAGUUUGUUGCAGCAGCUGUUCCUGUGAAAAAUAAAAAGUAUCUUCAGUUAAUUAAAAUCCUAUUUUAACCCCUUCCCUGCCAGAUCUGUUACAGACAGUGCAUUUUUACUGUCUGUAUUUUUUUUUUUGCCCUUAAGGGUUAACUUUAUUUUAAAAAAUCUGUGUCUUAGACUGUCUUAGACUGUCUUAGACUGUCUUAGACUAGUCUGUUUUAGUCUGUUUUAGUCUGUUUUAGUCUGUUUUAGUCUGUCGUAGUCUGUCGUAGUCUGUCAUAGUCUGUCAUAGUCUGUCUAGUCGUAGUCAGUCAGUUUCCUUCCCCCAAAUCUCCAUUAGAUUCUUCUAACAGGAGUUAGUUUAGGGAUUACUGUUUUAGUCUGUUUUAGUCUGUUUUAGUGUUUUACAAAAAAAAAUAAAAAAAAUAUUGUGUUUAGUAUUUUGUUAGUUUAGUCUGUUGGUGUGAAACAUGCAGCGCAUGUACAGCUUGGAGGAGGCAUAUGCCUUCUUGGCGUCAGACUCUGACGCCACUGACACUGCGUCCGAUUUUGACCCAGGUCAGUUUAGCGGCACGUCUAGUGACAUGUCAUCUGUGAGUGAGCCAGCUGCUAAAAGAAGCUGUGCUUCCCCUGCUACGCUGAAUGUGGAGGAGGACUGGGUACCUCCACAGUUAGCUGAGCCCAACAUCCCCCCUUUUAGUGCCAACGCAGGCAUUAAUGUGAAUGUGGUUGACUUCUCCCCUAUACAAUAUAUGGAGUUAUUUUUAGGGGAUACCAUCUGGGAGGAGAUUGCUUCCCAGACUAAUUUAUACGCUAGCCAAUUUAUUGAGACCAAUCCAGGUAGCUAUACAGUCAGGGAGCAUGCUUGGCAUCCCACAGAUGUCCCUGAACUUAAAACAUUCUGGGCUCUUACCAUGCUCAUGGGGAUAAUAAAAAAGCCAUCAAUCCGGUCUUACUGGAGCACCAACCCAAUUUGUUCGACUCCUAUAUUCUCCCAAACAAUGCCUAGACCAAGAUAUGAGCUGCUGCUCAGAUACUUACAUUUUAACGACAAUACGCUCUGUCACCCCAGAGAUCACCCCGAAUAUGAUAGGCUUUAUAAAAUACGCCCACUGGUAGACUAUCUUCAGAACAGAUUUUCUGAAGUUUAUACUCCCCAACAAACUUUAUCCAUCGAUGAAUCCCUUAUGAAAUACAAAGGGAGAUUAGGGUUCAAACAAUAUAUCCCCUCAAAGCGGUCUAGGUAUGGCAUUAAAGUAUACAAACUUUGCGAGAGCGAAAGUGGCUACACAUUUGCCUUCCGUGUAUACGAGGGGAAAGAUGCUCAACUGAACCCUCCUGGCUGUCCUGACUCUCUGGGGACAACUGGGAAACUUGUUUGGGACCUACUGAACCCUUUGUUCAAUAAGGGUUACCACCUUUAUGUGGACAAUUUUUACAGCAGUGUCCACUUGUUUAAAAUUCUUUAUAGUUUACAGACACUGGCCUGCGGCACUGUAAGAAGAAAUGCCAAGGAUUUUCCCAGACCUCUCAUAGAGGCCAAAUUAAAAAAAGGGGAAUGCAAAGCUCUGCGCAAGGCUGAACUGCUUGCGCUAAAAUUUAAGGACAGGAAGGAUGUUCACAUGAUAACAACCAUCCAUAACGAGGGCAUGUCAGACGUCACUGUCCGAGGCAGGGUACAGACAAAACCGGUGUGCAUCAGGGCUUAUAACAGGCACAUGGGGGGUGUUGAUUUGGCUGAUCAGCUGAUGCAGCCUUAUCUUAUCUUAAGAAAGACAAAAGCCUGGUAUAAAAAGGUGGCUAUCUACCUGUUGCAAGUAGCAACACAUAAUUCAUUUUUACUUUUUUUAAAAAAUUAAUCCAGGAAGAACCACCUAUCUCCAAUUUCAGCUCAAGCUGAUUUCCACAAUAAUUUAUGGAGAUGGUCAAGUUCCAACGACAGUGCAAGAGUCGUCUAGACAUUUUAUUUUUAAGAUACCGCCAACACCAAAAAAAAGAAACCCCCAGAAACGUUGCCGGGUCUGUUAUAAAAAAGGGAAAAGGACAGACACCCCUUUUCACUGUCCCGAUUGCCAUACAAAACCUGGACUGUGCAUUGGAGAAUGUUUUAAGGUCUACCACACAGAAAAUACAUUUUUAUAAUACUUGUUCCUGAUUUAUUUUUUUUGUUUAUUUUGAAAGCAGCAAAUUUCUGUUAGUCAGUAUCCUUCCCCAAAUCUCCAGUUAGAUUCUUUUUGCAGGAGUUAGUUUACAGAUUGCUGCUAACAGAAGUUUUAGUCUCAUUUAGUCUGUUUUUUAACUCUGUGUUAGCCAGACUCUGACGCCACUGACACUGCGUCCGAUUUUGACCCAGGUCAGUUUUCUGACAUGUCAUCUGUGUGUGAGCUGGCUGCAAAAGAAGCUGUGCUUUCUCUGCUACGCCGAAUGUGGAGGAGGAACAGGUUUCUCCACAGUUAGCUGAGCCCCAAAUCACCCCUUUUAGUGCCAACACAGGCAUUAAUGUCAAUGUGGAUGACUUCUCCUCUAUGCAAUAUAUGGAGCUAUUUUUAGGGGAUACCAUGUGGGAGGAGAUUGCUCCCCAGACUAAUUUAUAUGCUACCUAAUUUAUUGAUACCAAUCCAGAUAGCUAUGCAGUCAGGGAGGAGUGUGCUUGGCAUCCCACAGAUGUCGCUGAACUUAAAAAAUUCUGGGCUCUUACAAUUCUCAUGGGGAUUAUAAAGAAGCCAUCAAUUUGCUCUUACUGGAGCACCAACCCAAUCUGUUCUAGUCGAGUGUACUCUCAAACCAUGUCUAGAACAAGAUUUGAGCUGUUGCUGAGAUACUUACAUUUCAAUGACAAUACCCUCUGUCACCGCAGAGAUCACACCCAAUAUGAUAGGCUUCAUAAAAUACACCCACUGGUAGACCAUCUUCAGCACAAAUUUACUGAAGUUUAUACUCCUCAAAAAAUGUAUCUAUUGAUGAAUCGUUAAUGAAAUAUAAAGGGAGAUUAGGAUUCAAACAAUACAUCCUCUCAAAGCGCUUUAGGUAUGGCGUAAAAUUCUACAAACUGUGCGAGAGCGAAAGUGGCUAUACAUUUGCCUUUCGUAUAUAUGAGAGGAAAGAUGGUCAACUGGACCCUCCUGGCUGUACUGACUCUCUAGGGACAAGCGGGAAACUUGUUUUUGACUUACUGAUCCCCUUGUUCAAUAAGGGUUACCACCUUUAUGUGGACAAUUUUUAUAGCAUUGUCUGUUUGUUUCAAACUCUUUAGGGUUUCUAGAUACUGGCCUGUGGCAGUGUGAGAAGAUAUGCCAAGGAUUUCCCCAGACCUUUAAUAGAGGCCAAAAAAAACAAAAAAAGUGAAUGUAAAGGUCUGCACAAAGCUAAAGUGCUUGCAAUAAAAUUUAAGGACAGGAAGGAUGUUCACAUGCUAACAACCAUCCAUAACGAGGGCAUGUCAGACGUCACUGUCCGAGGCAGGGUACAGACAAAACCGGUGUGCAUCAGGGCUUAUAACAGGCACAUGGGGGUGUUGAUUUGGCUGAUCAGCUGAUGCAGCCAUAUCUUAUCUUAAGAAAGACAAAAGCCUGGCAUAAAAAGGUGGCUAUCUACCUGAUGCAAGUAGCAACACAUAAUUAAUUUUUACUCUUUAAAAAAAAAUGAAUUCAGAAAGAACCACCUUUCUCCAAUUUUAGUUCAAGCUGAUUUCAACAAUAAUUUAUGGAGAUGGUCAAGUUCCAACAACGGUGCCAAAGGAGUCCAGACAUUUUAUUUUUAAGAUACUGCCAACUGCAAAAAAAAAACAAAUCCCCUGAAAUGUUGCUGGGUCUGUUAUAAAAAAGGAAAAGGACACUGUUUUUUUUUUCUUUUGAAAACAGCAAAUUUUAGUUAGUCAGUUUCCUUCCCCCCAAAUCUCCAAUUAGAUUCUUUUUGCAGGAGUUAGUUUAGAGAAUGCUGCUAAAGGUGCAUUUGAUACCUGCACAUUUGGUUAAAAAAGUUUUAUGGUAGUAACAUAUAACUGGCUGGCCAAAACCAGAUGACGUGUGCAUAAAAGCAGAAUUAAAAAAUUACCACCAUGCACGUUCUCUGAAAUUUGUUUAGCACAAUGGUUGGGGGAAGGAUGUGAAAACACCUCAUAUACAAUACUCUGGAAUGUCUACUUUAUAAAAAUAUAAACUUUCAUGAUGUUAACAUUAACGGGGGGAUGCAAAAAUAUGCCAAACUGAAGAUAGGCCAAGCAUACCUAUAUAUCAAGUUGAAAAACUGAUAUGUACAAGUCUUGAAUGUGGCCUUUUAGCCCCCCAAACAACCCAGCAAACCUAUGCAUGGGUGAUGUCACUGUACUCAGGAGAUGUUGCUGAACACAUAUUGGGGUGUUGUUUGGCAGUGAUACAUAACAGGAUCUGUUAAUUCAUGCCUAAAGUACAAUGUAUGUGUAAAAAAAACAUGAAGAAAAUUACUACCCAAAAGUUUGCCAAAGGCUGGUGGUAGAAUUAUUGCAUGAAAAGUAUUAAACUACCACCAUUUAAAAUACCCUGAGUUGUCUACUUUUCAAAAAUAUAUGGUUUGAUGGGGGUAAAAUACAUUGGCCCAAAUAGGACAGGGGCGCUGGUUUACUACAUGUCAAAAUUCCAAGUUGAAAAAUGGAUAUGUGCACCUGCCAAAUGUGGCCUUUUAGCCCCCAAACAAUCCGACAAGCCUAUGCAUGGGUGGUAUCACUGUACUCAGGAGAUGUUGCUGAACACAUAUUGGCGUGUUGUUUGGCAGUGACACAUAACACGAUUUGUUAAUUCAUGCCUAAAGUACAAUGUGUGUGAAAAAAAACACACAAAAAAUGACUACCUAAAUGUUUGACAAAGUCUGGUGGUAGAAUUAGUGCAUGGAAAGUGUUAAAAACCACCAUUUGAAAUACCCUAGGGUGUCUACUUUCCAAAAAUAUAUGGUUUGGUGGGGGUAAAAUACAUUGGCCGGCCUUACAAAUGUCCUAAAUAGGACAUGUGCGCAGGUUGACUACAUGUCAAAAUUCCAAGUUGAAAAAUGGAUAUGCGCACCUGCCAAAUGUGGCCUUUUAGCCCCCAAACAAUCUGACAAGCCUAUGCAUGGGUGGUAUCACUGUACUCAGGAGAUGUUGCUGAACACAUAUUGGUGUGUUGUUUGGCAGUGACACAUAACACGAUUUGUUAAUUCAUGCCUAAAGUACAAUGUGUGUGAAAAAAAACACACAAAAAAUUACUACCUAAAUGUUUGACAAAGUCUGGUGGUAGAAUUAGUGCAUGGAAAGUGUUAAAAAACACCAUUUGAAAUACCCUAGGGUGUCUACUUUCCAAAAAUAUAUGGUUUGGUGGGGGUAAAAUACAUUGGCCAGCCUUACAAAUGUCCCAAAUAGGACAUGUGCGCAGGUUGACUACAUGUCAAAAUUCCAAGUUGAAAAAUGGAUAUGCGCACCUGCCAAAUGUGGCCUUUUAGCCCCCAAACAAUCCGACAAGCCUAUGCAUGGGUGGUAUCACUGUACUCAGGAGAUGUUGCUGAACACAUAUUGGCGUGUUGUUUGGCAGUGACACAUAACACGAUUUGUUAAUUCAUGCCUAAAGUACAAUGUGUGUGAAAAAAAACACACAAAAAAUGACUACCUAAAUGUUUGACAAUGUCUGGUGGUAGAAUUAGUGCAUGGAAAGUGUUAAAAAACCACCAUUUGAAAUACCCUAGGGUGUCUACUUUCCAAAAAUAUAUGGUUUGGUGGGGGUAAAAUACAUUGGCCGGCCUUACAAAUGUCCCAAAUAGGACAUGUGCGCAGGUUGACUACAUGUCAAAAUUCCAAGUUGAAAAAUGGAUAUGCGCACCUGCCAAAUGUGGCCUUUUAGCCCCCAAACAAUCCGACAAGCCUAUGCAUGGGUGGUAUCACUGUACUCAGGAGAUGUUGCUGAACACAUAUUGGUGUGUUGUUUGGCAGUGACACAUAACACGAUUUGUUAAUUCAUGCCUAAAGUACAAUGUGUGUGAAAAAAAACACACAAAAAAUGACUACCUAAAUGUUUGACAAUGUCUGGUGGUAGAAUUAGUGCAUGGAAAGUGUUAAAAAACCACCAUUUGAAAUACCCUAGGGUGUCUACUUUCCAAAAAUAUAUGGUUUGGUGGGGGUAAAAUACAUUGGCCGGCCUUACAAAUGUCCCAAAUAGGACAUGUGAGCAGGUUGACUACAUGUCAAAAUUCCAAGUUGAAAAAUGGAUAUGCGCACCUGCCAAAUGUGGCCUUUUAGCCCCCAAACAAUCCGACAAGCCUAUGCAUGGGUGGUAUCACUGUACUCAGGAGAUGUUGCUGAACACAUAUUGGCGUGUUGUUUGGCAGUGACACAUAACACGAUUUGUUAAUUCAUGCCUAAAGUACAAUGUGUGUGAAAAAAACACACAAAAAAUGACUACCUAAAUGUUUGACAAAGUCUGGUGGUAGAAUUAGUGCAUGGAAAGUGUUAAAAAACCACCAUUUGAAAUACCCUAGGGUGUCUACUUUCCAAAAAUAUAUGGUUUGGUGGGGGUAAAAUACAUUGGCCGGCCUUACAAAUGUCCCAAAUAGGACAUGUGAGCAGGUUGACUACAUGUCAAAAUUCCAAGUUGAAAAAUGGAUAUGCGCACCUGCCAAAUGUGGCCUUUUAGCCCCCAAACAAUCCAACAAGCCUAUGCAUGGGUGGUAUCACUGUACUCAGGAGAUGUUGCUGAACACAUAUUGGCGUGUUGUUUGGCAGUGACACAUAACACGAUUUGUUAAUUCAUGCCUAAAGUACAAUGUGUGUGAAAAAAACACACAAAAAAUGACUACCUAAAUGUUUGACAAUGUCUGGUGGUAGAAUUAGUGCAUGGAAAGUGUUAAAAAACCACCAUUUGAAAUACCCUAGGGUGUCUACUUUCCAAAAAUAUAUGGUUUGGUGGGGGUAAAAUACAUUGGCCGGCCUUACAAAUGUCCCAAAUAGGACAUGUGCGCAGGUUGACUACAUGUCAAAAUUCCAAGUUGAAAAAUGGAUAUGCGCACCUGCCAAAUGUGGCCUUUUAGCCCCCAAACAAUCCGACAAGCCUAUGCAUGGGUGGUAUCACUGUACUCAGGAGAUGUUGCUGAACACAUAUUGGCGUGUUAUUUGGCAGCAAGACAUAACAGGAUCUGUAAGUUUAUACCUGAAUUGCAAUGUAUGUGAAAAAAACAAAAAAAACAACUAUCUAUGCAAAGUUUGGCAAAGACUUGUGGUAAAAUGGCUGCAUAGAAAGUGUCAAAAUAUCCUUAGAUGAAUACCCUGGGUUGUCUACUUUAAAAAAAAUAUAUACAUGUGGAGUGUUUUCCAGAGAUUUAUGACAGAUAAUAGUGUUACAAUGUCACUAUUGAUACAUUUAAAAAAUUUUGUUUUGAAACCGCCAUAUCCUACUUGUACCUAUAGCCCUAUAACUUGCAAAAAAAAGCAAAAAAGCAUGUAAACACUGGGUAUUUUUAAACUCAGGACAAAAUUUUGAAUCUAUUUAGCUGUUUUUUUCAUUCGCUUUUGUAGAUGAGUAAAAGAUUUUUCAAGUAAAAGUCAAAAAACAUGUAUUUUUUUCAAUUUUUCAUCAUAUUUUUUAUUUUUUUUAAAUUAAAAUACAUGAGAUUAUAUAAAUAAUGGUAUGUAAAGAAAGCCCCUUUUGUCCUGAAAAAAACAAUAUAUAAUUUGUAUGGGAACAGUAAAUGAGAGAGCGGAAAAUAACAGCUAAACACAAACACCAGAAAAGUGUAAAAAUAUUCCUGGUUGCAAAUGUACAACAUCGCAAAAACAGUCCAGUCCUUAAGGGGUUAAGCAGCUAAUUCAUCUAAAACUUAACUAGAAUCCAGUAUCGUUUGAAGCUCCCGGAGCUCCUCUCCACACCUUUUCUGAAGUCACAGACUCCACCACGCAUUCCAAUCAAAUGCUUCUCAAAAAGUCACAUGUGCCUUGGGUCACGUAUGCCGAGGGGCAAAGAGCCACAGACAUACAAAUUAAUAUAUUUGUGCAUGUGCAGCAUUUCAAGCAUAUUGUGUUUAGCUGUUCUGAGUCCAUGAGUACAAUGAUACCUACAUGUACUCAGAACAGCUGAAGCUUUCCUAUGAAGCCACAGUGCCAUAUAAGAGACUUGAACAUUUCAUUUUUUACUAAGAAUUGUGAUGGAUUUGAUGUAACAAAAAAUUACAAAAUUGUGCUAAGCUAUAUCUCCUGAGUACAGAAUGAUCGCUUUUACAUACCAUUGUCAAGUUUUUAUGAAAGUACAGGGCUGAAUUAAUAACCUGCCCAAUGCAGUUUUUCAAAUAAUGGCAAAGUGAAAAUGGGUGCAUGGUGCAUUUUAGUAGCUCACACAUUGACAUUACUCCAUAAAUACAUACCAUUUGCAAAUGUGUAUACCAGGGGUUGGUAACCUUUUAAUAGUACUCAGGGCUGCCAUCAGAAAUUUUGGGGCCCCUGACAAAGGACAAGGUCUGGGCCCCCCCUCCAUCCCGGGCCCGCCCACGCCCUACCUAGUCCGCUGACAAUGAUGCAGGUCUGAAUGUGGUGUGUAUAGUGGAAGUGAAUUAGAAUGUAUGUAAUGGAUGUAGUGUUUGUGUGUAUUAGAUACUUUUUGUGCAGUGAAUGCAGAGUGUGUGUUUGUGUAGCAGAUGCAGUGUGUAUAGUGAACGCAGAGUGUGUUUGAGUAGUGUAUGCAGUGUGUGUGUUGUGUUAGUGUAUGCAGAGUGUAUGUUGUGUUAGUGUAUGCAGUGUGUGUUGUAUAAGUGUAUGCAGAGUGUAUGUUGUAUUAGUGUAUGCAGUGUGUGUAUUGUACUAGUGUAUUAGUGUAUGCAGUGUGUGUUGUGUUAGUGUAUGUAGUGGGUGUUAGUAUAUGUAGUGUGUUAGUGUAUGUAGUGUAUGUUGUGUUAGUGUAUGCAGAGUGUGUGUUGUGUUAGUGUAUGCAGUGUGUGUGUUGUGUUAGUGUAUGCAGUGUAUGCAGUGUGUGUUGUGUUAGUGUAUGCAGAGUGUGUGUUGUGUAAGUGUAUGCAGUGUGUGUGUUGUGUUAGUGUAUAUUAAAUUAAUUAAAUUUUUCUCCCCCCUCCCUGCUUACCUGUGUCCAGGGAGGGGAGAGAUUCCAUGAUCCCUGGGGAUCCGGUGGCAUGGGGGGCCCCAGGCUCCCUGUUACCGCAGGGGGGGCCAAGCACACUGCCUUUACUCUUCUCCUCUCUUCUAAUAUGGUAACUGGGUCUUGUGAGAGUUAUUAAAAGAGAGUAGAAGCUGUGUGCUGGGCCCCCUCUGCGGUAACAGGGAGCCGGGGGCCCGCGGCUGCACACAUAGAUAGCGAUAUUCGCUAUCUAUGUGUGCAGAGAAAGAAAGUGGGGCCCCCAGGACCGCCGGGCCCAUGACAGCCAUCAUGGUUGUCACCCCCUUAUGGCGGCCCUGGUAGUACUGUGCCAAAACAAGAUUUUGAAGUUCCUUGGCAUGCCAGUACUAUUUUUUUUUUUUUAUUGAGGUGUGUAUGCUGCUUGUGUUAUUUAUGGGGGCUGCAGUUGCUUUGAUGGACUGUUAUAUUGUAAAGCGUAUUUCAUGCAUAGUAUUGUGUAUGAUACCUAUGAAUGUUGGCUGUGUAUGGAGCUGCUCGUGUAAUUGUGUGUGUACAUGAUAUGCCACAUUGUGUUUGGUCUGUAAGUGUGGGACUGCUUGGGAUAUUGCAAGUGAGAGGCUGCUUGUUAGGUUGCGUGUGUGUGGAUUGUCAGUGGUGUUGUGUUUGUGGGGGCUGUGUGUGAUAUCUGUAUGAGGGGGAGGCUUAUUCUGCAGCUCUGUGUAGAACUAGGAGUGUGGGUAGCUUCCUUGGGGUACAGUUGGGACCAGGCUGGCCAGGCACAGGUUAAAGACAGGAGCUGCUCUGCUUCAGUAUGAAUUCCACCCAGCAGCCCUUAUGUCUCCACCUCUCACUCAGCAGCCUUAUGCCCCCCCUCUCAACCAGCAGCCCAAUGUCUCCUCUCAUACCCUGUAUCCACUGUCUUCCCCUCUCACCCAGCAGCCCCUGUCUCCCCCUCUCACCCAGCAGCACCUAUCUCCCCCAGCAGCCCCAUUUCCCCUCUCACACCCUGCCCUUCCUUUCACACAGCAGCCCUUGCCCCCUUUCACCCAGCAGCCCUUGUCCCCCUCUCACCCAGCUGCCCUUGUCCCACUUCUCACCAGCAACACUUGCCCUCCUCACCAGCAACUCUUGCUCCCCUCUCAUCCAGCAGCCCCUGUUCCCCCUCUUACUCAGCAGCCCUUGUACCCCCUCUCACCUAGCAGCCCUUGCAUCCUCUCACCCAGCAGCCCUUGCACCCUCUCACCCAGCAGUUGCCUGUCCCCCUCUCACCCAGCAACCCCAUGUCCCUUCUCACACCCAGAAGCCCCAUGACACAAUCUCUCACCCAACAGCCCCUGUGUCCCCCUAGCAGCCCAUAGUCCCCUUCCCACACCCUGCAGCCCUCUCACAUCCAUGUGCCCUCUCACAUCCUGUAGCCCCAUGUCCCCUUCCCACAACCCCAUGUCCACCUUCCACACUCUAGAUGUCUUAUUCCGCCCUCACACAACAUCCCUUAUUGUCUCUGUGUCACACACACAUUGCCUAUCACCCUAUGCUACACGUGGAUUGCCUUCAGGGGUAUUAAACAAAUAUGCCCACUUUGGAGAGGCACAAAUGUCAUUGUUGAUGGCCCUGACCUUGAGUGUCAUGCAAAGGCACCUUGAGUGCCAUGCAUGGCACACGUGCAUUAGGUUGCUGACCCCUGGUGUAUACCAUGGGGACCCUCACAUUAUCACAUGUUCUGAACUUUAUUGAGAUAUUAAUUUUAAUUUUUAUAAUGUGUUUCUGCUUAUAAAGUUUUUUGUAAUGUGUUUAUGCUGCAUGUUUGUUUUAAAUCUCACGGGUAUCACUGUAAUGAAUUUCUCUAAAGUGUACUCAGUAUUAUCCUCUCCUGAGUUUUACACUACACCCUAUGUAUGCCUGUACAAAGUAGCAAUGCUAAUUCUAAUCUUAAUCCUAAAAGUAACUCUAUUCCUAACCUUUAACCCUAGCCAUUAAGCCUAAUUCUAAAACUAUUCCUAAUCCUAACCUUAUCCCUAGCAAAAGUAUUAGAGGUGUUCCCUCUGCUGAUAUCAGUAAAUGAAUCCCCUUGCUGACAGCACAAAACGAUCAGCUGAAGGAAUCCCUUACAGUGCAGAGCGCUCUGCACCAUACAAAAUACCAUACAAGCAUUAUACAGAUUAUUUCCCUCUCUGAUGAUAAAUCAGAUUGUGACAACUUGUCACAAUAUUAUUUAAAUCUCACUGCAGCUGCGAUAACUCACUGUGCGCAUUGCUGGGCAGUCUAUAAAGCCCAGCUCUGAUCACCUUUUGCAGCCGGUAAUUACGCUGCAAGGAGCUUGCAAGGAAACUUGAUAGUCGAAUUUUGGUGACAUCAGAAAUUACAUCACGAAGACCGGGGCUGAACCCAGAAAUUUAAAGUGCUAUAUGCAGCACACAGUUUGAGCACUGCAUUAGUCAGCGUGGGGGCCACUAAUUCUGACUCCAGCUGACAAAGGUGAGCCCCGCACAUCGAAUAAUAUCUGGGGUUCCCUAGUAACCACCAUGGAAACAGUCCCUGUCAGUAAGAGACCAUCUGAUGGAAUGGCUUCUUCGUUAGCCCUUUUGUGUACGACACCUGUGACGGAAUAAUUCUGUCAUCGGUCGCUUAGGGGAUAACUGAUGUCUGGAGAUUACUUUAUGGGUUUCAUGCAUUCAUACUCAGGGAUAGCAGAACUACCAAAUUGUGAGUGAAGAGGAUGUUUGUGACGAAGUGCCCUUCGCCACUUGUGCCUGGAGAGGACUGCUUGCCCGCCUCUUGCCCUGUGACUAUGGCCCCUGGGAUGUAUUGCCCUUUAAAGACAUGAUUUGGGCAUAAUGGAUUUGUGUUGUGCUGCUGCUGGCCCUUUUAAGAACCAUCUGGGGACAUACUGUGGAGUUACUAGGUGGCCACCAUUUCCUGUAUCAGAAGCACAUGGUGAGAACAAUGGAUGGCGGCCAUUUUAACUCACAGACACUGUUUGGACUUUUCAACACGGUGCCAUCUUGCCAGUAUUUGGUGCACAGAGACAUCGUGCAGUGGUUUUGGACUAUACAGCAGGGGACACAUUAUACAGUGAUUGUUUUUCAUUUAGCCUGUAUAUGUUCUGCAGAAUCUGCAUUAAACUGUAUUUUCCAAAGUACUGAACGGAUCUGGGUGAAUUUUGGAUAUGUGGUUCACCCAGAUCCCCCGGUUCCAAGGAUAUUUUUUAUGGGGUUAUUGCAUGUUUUGGGGUCCCUGUGUGUUUUAUGAAACUGUAUUAUUUCUGGCCAGCAGAUAAUUGAGCUUUGUGUAUUGUAGAAACUCAAUUAUCUAGCCUGGCCCAGAGGAGGAGUUUUGUGUUGCAUAAAUUGUGAGUUCUGUGUGCCAGUAAAUCAGUCUUGUUCCAGCAUUAAGCCUUGGCUCAUGUUUGGGGGAAGGGAUACCUACACUCUGGGGAUUGCUAUAAUCACUUACUCCCCAGAGGAAGCUCUUGCAAUAGCUUGAUUUGUUCCUGUUCCUGCUCUCUGGGGAAAGAGAGGUUCACCCACUGGAAGCUGGAUCCUGGCCUUGGGUCCAGGGUGGGUGGAAACAGCAGAGACCCCGGCGCAGUUGCAUCGCUGGAAGUGGGGUCUGCAGUGCUGAUGGUGUCGGUUGGAGUGCUUGGAGUCCUCAGCGAGCACUAGGAGCAUCGAUUGGCGGAGGUACUCAGUCGGAGUGCCAGCGUUCCGUCACAAUGUUGGUUUUAGUCACUAAAGUACAAAUUGUAGCAAAUUGAAGUUUGAAUAGUAAAAUAACGGAUACUCUUCAAACUGAAUACAUUACCUCAGUUUUGGUGUAUAGAUCAUGCCCCUGCAGUGUCACGGUACAAUUCUCGCCAGUUCGGAGUUAAAUCACUUUAUUUAUGCAGCUCUUGUCACACCUCCCCUGGCUGUGACUCACAUCCUCCAUGAUAAAAACAAAUGUAUUUAUUUUUUUCAAUCAGAUCUUACAGCACGUUGUGCUUACUUAAGAUAUUGCAAAACACCAUUAUUUUCAAUCUACUUAGAUUUUUGACCAAGUUUUGACCAAGAUGCUGCCUUCCUUACAGCCUUUUUUAUUUUGUUUUUCUACUCUGUUGACGUGAGAAUGAUGAAAUACCAUUACAACAUUCCACCUCCUAUUUGCUUUCCUGUACCUCCAAUAUAUUUUAACCCCAAUAAAAAAUUUGUGCAAAAACAAGAUGACAGUUACUGAACUAGUGUAUAAAGCAAGUUAUUUUUACUUAUUUUUGUCUUGAAUUUUGGGUUGUGUUCGCAAGAUAUGUUAUAUCUAUAUAUUUAUUUUAACUAAUGAUUCAUUUUUCUUACAUCCUAGGUGGACAGGUGGGAAGAAGAUGGAAUAUCACCAUUCUUGCACUCCGUACAGUUUUAUGUUUUGUCCCAAUUGCUUCACUUGCGUUUAUCACCAGAUACUAAGAGGAUUUCGCUUUGCUGUUUUCUGCUAAAGUCUAUUUUAAUGCAAUCGGCAUAUUGUUAAUUGGACUUAAACCACUAACAGCAAAAGUACACCCAAAUAAAAUUCACCUUUAAUUUUAAGACUGAUUUCACACUUGAUAUUUGAUAUGGUUUCUCUCCUUGUGUCUCUAUGCUAAUUUUAAUACAAUGUAGCUGUAAGCAUCAAGUCCAUUUAUCAGUUGUUCUGAAACAGGGGUAGUCAGGAUCUAAAUCCCUGGAUUUUGCAGAACUAAAACGCUGGUGGAAAAGUUCAACUAGCACUGGGUGAUACUAGAAUAAUAAGCCCACAUUAGAGCCCAGGAGGGUCUGUAGUGUAAACAGGCCUGGUAGCCCUUAUUUGUGGUGGUGAAAGAGAACUGAUGCAAGAAAACAAAUGUAAAGUUAAAAUUAGAAGAACAAAUAGUUCUCAAGUAAAUGAAAAGAAAGCGAAUGAGAGAAAAAAAAAGGGAAGGGGGUGAUUUGUAGGAUAGGCAGUGGGACCUACAACUUCUGAAAAAUUUUUAGCCACCCACUGUUCUAGAAUAAAUGGAAUUGAUGCUAAGUGCUAAACUAUAUAUAGUGUAAACCCCGGCUGGCCUGGAAUAAAUAUGAACUAUGUUGACAAGUAUUACAGCUCCUGAUUGAGAAGGUAUAACAAGACUUCCUGGCACACAUUUAGAAGGGGCUUUGACACUUUUGUGGAAUUUAUACCAUUUAAUAAAACACCAAAAUCACC